GACUCUCUUCCGCUUCUCUUACGUCAGCUCACGCGUCGUUACGCCCCUCAAUGUUGCGCGGUUGCCGCGGUUACCAGAGAAGCCGUUGGAGCCCCCGGCAGCGCGAGGGACGCCGCGGGGUUUUGUGUGGCCCUGAUUCAUAAGUGUGCCUGAAUUUUGGAAGGCCAUGGAUCGACAUGUUCCUGUGCAUCCGUUACCAGAAGAAAUCCAAAAGAUGUCCCGGGAUGAGACGGUGUGUAAAUAUUGUGGAGUCAGCUAUUUGAUCCUUCAUGAGUUUAAGCUGAUGGAAGACAAAGUAAAAGCAAUGGAAAAGGAGAUGAAGUUAUAUGAAGGAAGUGUAGAGCGGGAAAAAAGACUUCAAGCACAACUACAGUGUCUUAGUCAAGACUUUGAACAGUGCACAGCUGAGAGUGAAUCAAAAACAGAAAGAAUAAAUCACUUAACUGUGCAGUUGAAAGAUAAACAAAAUGAACUACAAAAUCUGAAUGAGACCUUGAGAUGCUUCCAAGAAGAGAAGGAAGUUGCACAUAAAAAGUUACAGCUGUUCAGAAAAAGAUUGGAGAACCAUCGGUUAACUCUAAACAAGACUCUUUCAUUACUUCCCUUUAUUAGAAGAGAGAUAGUCAGUAUUAAAGAAGUUGUAUCUAAUAAGCUAGACAACUGGACUGUACUGAAAGAAGAGAUUUUUCUACAAAUAAAAACUAUAAGCAAAGCCACAUCAACAGAAGUAUUCAGACUGAAUCAAAGGCUGGCAGAAUUCCAGAGGGAUAAAGUGUCCCUCCAGGAGGAUGUGAAACAUUUGAAGUUGGUGUCCGAUACAGUUGAGCUGAAAAGUCAGCAGCUUCAGACUUCGCUCCAACAAGAGAAUGAAUUACAAAACAGAUGUCAUGAAUUACAGAAGGAAACAUUAGAUUUAACAAAUCAAGUAGAGACAACUGGACUCAAGUUUCAGAAAGCAACAGCUGAAAUAGGCCACUACAAAAAACUACUCAUGAUGAAAUCAAAGGAAGUUGACAUCUGUCAAAGUGAACUUCAAAAGCUGGAGUAUGAAAAUGGAAUGUCUAAAUGCAGACUUACUAAAGAUCUAAAAGAAAAAGAAGAGUCUUUGCUAGUUUGCCAACAAGUAUGCAAACGUUUACAGGAAGAAGUGGCAGAGAAAGAAAGGCAAGAAGAAGAUCUAAAAAAAAGAACCAGUUGCUCAGAGAGUGAACUGGAAACAAUUAAAGCUCUUCUUAGACAGAGAGAGGAAGAAGUAGUAAUGCUGAAACAAGAAAGGGAGUUGACGCUGAUUUCUCAUCAGAACAGAAUAGAGCAGCUGCAGGAAGCACUAAGACAGAAGAUUCUGAACGAAGAUAACUGGAGGGAAAAGAUGGAAAUUGGUCUAGCUAAAGACCAAACACGACACACAGAAGAGAUUUUCAGGCUCAAAGAAGACGCUAGAAUGGAACUAGACAUUGAAAGACAAAAGCACCAAGAAUUAAUAGCAAAAUAUCAGAAAGAUCAAGAGGAACUACGAAUGAAGAUACCUGAAUUAAUAUCCAGUGCCAUCAACAGCCUAAGGAUGGAAGUGGGAAUUCUUAAAAACCAGCUUCAGGAAGCCCAGAUCAAACUUACAGAGAAAGAUGGAGAUAAGGAAGAAGAAAUGCAAAGCCUUAAAAGGCUGGUUACUAAGCUUGAAUUUCAGCUGAAGAAGGAACAGAACAACAGUGAUUCAUUAUCAGAGGGCAUGAGGAAAGAAAUUAAAGAGAAGUCAGAUGAACUGGAAAAAUUAACCCAGGAGCAAGCAGAGCUGAUUCAGAAUUUGAGUCAGGCUCAAGAGGAGAACUCUCUUCUCCAGGAAACAGUGCGUAGAGAGUGUGAGGAACGCUAUGAGCUAACUGAAGCUUUGACUCAAGCUAGAGAACAAGUAUUGGAACUGAAGAGGCUUAGUGGAAACUUCCCACUGUCACAAUGUUCACUCAGUCAGGGCAGCCUAAUCUCCUGUGCUGCACUGGUCAGUAAUCGCGGACAGAAGAACCUUACGAGCCCAAACUCUGGGAAAGGAAUCACACACUCAGGCCUGUGUAGUAUUUCAAGAGCUGCUAAUGCACCAGCCUUCAAUAAACACAAAAGCAGUGGUAAAGUGGGUUUGCCAGCUCUAACUCCACCACACCUUCCCAGGGGAAGAGCGUCUUCUGUGAAUGAAUCCAAGAACAGAAUAACCACAGUUAUAAGAAGACAACUGAGUCAGCUCUGAUGCAUAAAAAUGUCAAGGACAGUACAUUGAUAAACCAUGAAAACCAUUUCAGUGCAUUAUAUGGUCACUUAAUUGUGGACCAUAGGGGCAAAAUGGUACCAGAAAGUUAACCUUUCCUGGCAAUUAGCAUAUUUCUAUUUUUUUUUUUUACAAUUUAAAAUUAAGCUAAUAUCUGUUAUGUAGUUAUAUUUUACAAGGCAAUCAUGGUUGCUUAUUUUUGUUCAACAAUAUAAUGGAGUUAAAAUGCUAUAUGUAUUUCAAGAUGAGAAAUAUAAAAAGAAAAACACAGUACCCCUCCAAGAGGUGUUUUCAGCAAAUCUGGCACAACUGUAAUUAAGAUAUUUGAAAAGUUCCAGAAUUAUUUCACCAAACCAUCACCAUGUCCUGGUUUUCAUAUUUCAAAUUGUAUCCAGUUUAACUCCAGUGCCAGUUAGUGCUGUACAAAUGUAGCUCAUUCAUUAAGGGACAGAUUUUGUCCUCCUUUCAUUGAAUAGUAACAUACUUGCAAGUAGUUCCAUUUCAGCCAAUGGGAUUGACUGUUUUUGCAAUAAUUUACUACUCACCAUGAGAGAAAAUGGCAGAAUCAAACCCCAAAUAAUAGACAAAAUAUUGCAGGGAAUCAGCAUUGCUGUAUAAUUCCUGUACCCACUCCAGUAAAGGAACCAGAACCCAUAGGUAAAUUGACAUAGCUACACUGAGGUCAUUGAAACUAUGACAAUUUAGGCAUAUGAAGUGCUAAAAGUCUUAUGGGGAUCUUUUAAAAUUCUUCCUUUAAGAGAAAUGACUUACUAUGUAUCAAAAUUAAAACCCAGUGUCCCUAGGAUAUACACUGUUCCAGUUACUUUUUCCAUAACUUAGGACCCCAAGUGAUGUGACAGCUUCAGUAAUGCAUUGUAUCUAAAAGCCAGCAGAUUUGGUACUGCCUCAGUCUGAAAGAUGUGGCCUUUUGAUUUUCAUCAAACCAACAUCAUCAUAUUGAGCUACCUCUUUUUAGUUUGAGGUGAUCCUUCUGCUUGUACAUAGGGGCAUACGCUUAGUUGUUACACAACAGAGUUAACAUUUUCAUUUUACUACCAUGAACUUGGGGCUGUGCUUUUUUCUGGAACAUGCCACAGGGAUACUCAUUUAAAAUAAAUAA